AUGGACAAGAUCUCCGGGGCUUCUCUUCUUCUUGCUCGCUACAAGCAACAAAUCCUCCAGGAAGAUCAUCGCCAGCAGCGGCAUUUCCAUCAAAAUAGCCACCAGCAGCAGCAGCAUGGAACUCGAAUUCACGACAAUCGGGCAAUCUUUGUCCCUGGCGCGGCAGAGAAGCCGGGAUUCGUCGUUGAUUUCCUCAUGGGCGGCGUCUCUGCAGCAGUGUCCAAGACCGCCGCGGCCCCCAUCGAGCGCGUCAAGCUCCUCAUCCAGAACCAGGACGAGAUGAUCCGGAUGGGCCGCCUCUCGGAGCCUUACAAAGGGAUCCUCGACUGCUUCGGCCGGACGAUGCGCGACGAGGGAACCAUGGCGCUCUGGCGAGGCAAUCUCGCAAACGUCAUUCGCUACUUCCCCACCCAGGCACUAAACUUCGCGUUCAAGGAUCACUUCAAGAGGAUGUUUAACUUCAAGGCCGACCGCGAUGGCUACUGGGUGUGGUUCGCCGGGAACUUGGCCUCGGGCGGCCUCGCCGGUGCCUCGUCUCUCUUCUUCGUCUACUCCCUCGACUACGCGAGGACGCGCCUGGCAAACGACGCCAAGGCCGCCAAGAAAGGUGGCGGCGCCGGCGGCGGCCGCCAGUUCAAUGGCCUCCUCGACGUCUACAGGAAAACUCUGGCCAGCGACGGCAUCGCCGGGCUCUACCGCGGCUUCAACAUCUCCUGCGUUGGCAUCGUCGUCUACCGCGGCCUCUACUUUGGGAUGUACGACUCGCUCAAGCCCGUGGUCCUGGUGGGAGAUCUCAAGGGGAACUUCGCGGCGAGCUUUAUGCUGGGGUGGAGCAUCACGAUCGCGGCUGGAUUGGCCUCGUACCCGAUCGACACGGUGAGACGCCGGAUGAUGAUGCGAUCUGGCGAGGGUGCCAAGUACAAGAGCUCCAUGCAUGCGCUGCGGGAGAUUCUGGCCAAGGAGGGGGUCAAGUCGCUGUUCAAGGGAGCCGGGGCCAACAUCUUGAGAGCCGUGGCGGGCGCAGGAGUGCUCUCGGGCUAUGACCAGCUGCAAAUGAUCUUCCUGGGCACGACGUAUGGCUCGGGUGGCGGCGGCUAA